UUGCACCAUAAUUCAAAAGGAAAAUCUCAUUCACACUUUUAACAGGCAUCGAUUAUGCUAAGACACAAGACAAUGCUACUAAUACGGAAAUACUUAAUUUUAUUAUUUGCCAUAAUAUUAACAUUCAUAUGGUUGAAUCACAGAAAAAUAACAAACAAUGAGGAUGACGAACUUGUGCAUCUUCCAUCUGUGGCCAUAACGACGACAACGGAAAUUUCAGCGCUUCAGCGUCAGCAGCGACUUCGUAAACUUGUUCAGAAAUAUCGAAGUUUCUUGACUAACAAGGACUGGGAUCAAAAAGAGACAGCGAUAACCAGGCAAGAAAAAACUCGUAAAUUCAAUUUUGGAAUCCAGCCUAAAGUGACAUUUUCCCCGGAUAUUACAAAGUCGAGGUACUUUGUGAAUAGUGAAAAAUGCAAAAUACCAUAUACAGAUCCAUUCUCGCGUGAGGCAUUGGAAAUCUACACGCCAUUCAAGCUGAAACUUUGCUCCAAUGAAUCGGAUAUUUUUGAGCUGACCUACGAUGUGAACUCUAAACACUAUAUGCUGCAUAUCAACGAGAAGACCUUGAGGCGUGUAAGUCCCAGAUCGAGAGUCGUGUGCAAUUUUCGUACAGUUAGCCAAGGCGGGAAUAUCUACAGUGAGAGAAUCUACUUCACGCACAGCCAGAAACUGCCACGGAAUAUAAGCGGCAUUAUCACGGAAUGCCACGAUGCAAUGGAUAAGUCAAAGAUCGUCCAGCAAGAUGCAUUUCCCCUGGUACAGUUUCAGAUGCAAAUGCAAAAUAAAACGAGUACUGAGAGCAAUCCCAAAAGGCGUCAGCCAAGCGUAAUACUUCUAGGCAUCGACAGCAUGUCACGGAUGAACUUUCGUCGAACAAUGCCAAGGACGGCUGAGUUUGUGAGUCAACGUGGCUGGUUUGAGAUGGAGGGCUACAACAAGGUGGCAGAUAACACACUGCGCAAUCUGCUGCCCAUUCUUCUGGGGCAAACCGUGGAGCAAUAUCCCCGCAAAUGUGGACAAAAUGAAGUCGAAUGUAUUGAGAAAUUCCCAUGGAUUUGGAAGGAUUAUAAGAGGGCUGGCUAUACCAUUGCACUGGCUGAAGAUAUGGCUGAUUCUGGAGUCUUGUUCACCAACAAUAAGAAUGGAUAUUUCCCUGGCCUAGUUGAUCAUAGUUUGCAUGCGCUGCUGCUGCGAAUGGAACAAGCCAUGAAGACCUAUGUGCGAUUUGGCUACAAUUACUGUAUCGGACGUCGUCUGACUAUAUCGUAUGUGUACGACUUCUGUCAGCAGAUUAUCUCACGCUACAUGGAGGAGUCGCAUCAACCGACUUUCGGCUACUUUUGGAGCAGCACAUUCACCCAUGAUUAUAACUUUGGCGCUGCCAGCUUAGAUGCCAAAUUUGACCAAUAUCUGCAACAGUUUAAGGCGCAUAAUUUAUUUGAGCACGCCAUUGUCAUACUCUACAGUGAUCAUGGAGCACGCUUUGGCGAACUCUUGAAUUUGUCGGACAGUUUUCUCGAGGAGCGUCUGCCCAUGCUGCACAUUUAUUUGCCGCCCUGGUUUCGCCACAAAUAUCCAAAGUAUUCGCAAGCUUUGUAUUUGAAUCGGAAUCGCUUGAGUUCCAAUUUUGAUCUGCACAACACAUUGCGGCACAUUCUGCAAUUGAAUGCCACACUUCCAACAGAUCUUGCCCCCCUAGUGAGGUGCCCUAGCAGCCAAUCUCUGCUGCACACUCUGCCAAGGGAACGCAGCUGUGAGGAUGCCUGCAUCACGGAGCAUUGGUGCACUUGCAAGGAGUUCAUUGCCCAAAGCAUGAAUGGAGAAAUGUUCUAUAUAUCCAAGAUGGUGGUCUACCAUAUCAAUCGAUGGAUGCUUGUACAUCGAUACAAUGAAUUUUGCCAGCGAAUUCAGCUCUCGGAUAUGGAGAGUGCGGAAAAGAAAAUGCUCUUCGAGGAGAACAGCACGGAGACGAUGCAUGGCGACAUUGCCAUUUAUCGUUUAAGAUUUCGCACCUUUCCCGGCAGUGCAACGUUUCAGGCGACAGUACGGCUCAAUCGUGAGCUCAAGAAAUUGGAUAAUUUCUAUGUGCCGGACAUUAGUCGGCUCAAUGCGUAUCACAAUGAUUCGCUUUGUAUCAACGAUGUUAUUGGCAAAAAGUUCUGUGUGUGUUAUCCAAAUACAACAUUGGAUCCUUUUAUGAGCAAUUGGAAAGAACUUAAGUUGACCACUUUGCCAAGUUAAGAGAAAAUAUUUGUAAAUUCAUAGUAAAUAAAAAUUGUAGUGUGUGUCAUAAUAUUUAUUAA